GUCAGAAGGGACAAGAUCAUGAAAGAUCUUGUGAGCCAGGAAAUGGAGAAACCACUGGGAAUGACAGUGUUAGAUUGGGAGCAUUAGCAAAUGCAGAGUGAACUGGCAGACUCAGAAUGCUGGAAGCACAGAUUGAUAAGAUCUGGGGCUGUCCAAAACAUCCGGAUCAAAGAUACUGAGAGGUGAGGGGGAGUAGCCAGGCUAGAGGGGUUAGAACACUUGGGGGGCUGAUUGAAUAAAGCAUGGAAAGAACAAUCCAAGAUAAUGGCCAGGUUGGUAGCUAGAGUAACCUGGAGAUGGAGGUGCCUUUCACAGAAAUCAGGAACCUAACAGAAACAGAUUCAGUGGGGACAUUACAUGGAGAUCAGUGCAGUCUUCAUUGGUUGAGUCUGAGAUACUUGUAGGCCAUCCAAGUGGAGAUGCUUUAGGAGAAAUUGUAUGUAGAAAGUUGGAGGCAAUUUCAAGUCAUAAAUAUUGGCAUGGGUGUCCUCAGCAGGCAGAAGGUCACAGAAACAUAAGAGUAGAGGAGAUUGGAAAACAAACAAACAAACAAGAAAGCCCAGUGUAGACCUGGAAGGCACCAAUUUUAAGGGAUGGGCAGGAAGAGAGGGGCCAAACAGCACCUAACUUGAGAGGUAGGAUGGAGCUUAGAGACUUGAAUCAGCCAAGACAAACAAUUUCAAGAGAGUUGAAUUGUCUCCAGAUUCCUGAAAGGCUAUCACACUAAAGCGGGAACAAAUGCAUUUUCUGGUGCAUCAAUGGGGAGGACUAGGACCAAGGGAUAGAAAUUCCAGGGAAAUGAAAUCUGGGUCAAUAUAAGAAAGUCUUUUCUAGCAAUCCGAAUUAGGCGUCCAUAAGGCGAAGUAGAGAACUCCCUGUCGCCAGAGGUGUAUACAGAGCAGAGGUAAAAUCUGCCAGGGUCAUUGCAGAAAGAGUUCCCUGACCUGGGAAGGCAAUGGGACUAGCGAGCCUCUGAAAGCAGUCCUCACAAUCCCUUGGGGACAUUUUCACACAGUCUCUACCCACAACUAUGCAGUGACCUCUUUUAUUAUAAGAGCCCACCUCACUUUCUUAUAAAUGGACACAGGACCCCAAAGAUCACUAGAAUGGAAGCUCCAUGGUGUGGUGGGCAUGUGAUCUUUGAUAGGGUAGUCAGGGUGACUUUGGGGGCGGUGCACUUGGGCUGAGAACUAUAUGAUGAAAAGGACUCAGCCAGGGGAGAUCUUGGGGAAUCCCAUGCCCUUCAGAGGGCACAAUAAAUGCCAAAACCAAGUUGGGACAGAGCUAGGAGAGUUGGACAAACAGAAAGCAGACCUGUGCAGCUGGAGCAAACUGAGCAAGGGGGAGAGAAGUGAGGGGAGAAGCAGAUACAGGGCCCAGGUAAGAGCAGCGGUGUAGAUCAUUGCAAGAGGGGCCGGUUUAUUCUAGAGGCACUGAGAAGCCAUUUCAGUGAAGCCAUUGAAGGACUUCAAGGGGGAGUGACUCGUGACUCUUCUGGCUAAGAGAAGAUCAUGGAUUUGGAGUCUAGGGAGGGCACAAGUGGCAGUGGCAAGGCCAGAGAGGAGCGUAUUUUGAUUAUGUUCCCAUGGUCAACAUGGUAAAGUUUAAACCCCUUAAUCUGCAUUCAACAUGAUUCCAACUUCAUUUCCCACUAACCUCCUCCUUCACACAUAUGUGCUUCCAACUUGUGGAACUACAGUAACCCUUAAAUCUCCAAACUUCACCCCUAACCUUUCCCAACGCUAGCCCCUCCACCCCUUGAAAUCUGACUCCUUCUUGAAGGCACAUGUCGAUGCCUCCUCCUUCAUGAUCACCUCCCAGGUUUCUCCAUCAGCAUUUCUCCCCCAACUGAGAGCAUCUUGUUACCCCUCCAGUUAACCCACCUUGUUCCAUGCCAGCACUCUGUGGUCAGGCACCCAGCCUCAUUUGGAUCUGCACGUGGCCAUGCCAAGUACUGGAUGAUUCUCAGCAAAUAGUGGUUUGAUGAAUGGUUACAGUCUCAGCUGUACCCAGCAUCUUGUCCUCAAAGAAAUGAUAAAGGGGUUGUUAAGAAGUGCUCACUUCUGUCCACAUUGAUGUAUAAUCAUUAUUUUCUGACCUGAAAGAAACACAUGGGCACUGUAAGGAGACUUAACAAAUGUCCUGAAUGUUCACUUUGUGCCAGGCUGGGGACCAGGGAUACAUGGGCUCUAGGACACAGCCCUUAACAUUGCAAAACUCACAGGCCAUUGGGAGAGAAAGACUCAGAAAGCAGCUUCAUCCAGAAAAAUAUGGGCUCUGCCAGUCUAAGACCUCAGAUGAUGAUGAAACCUCCAGCAAGGACCCCAUCUUCAAUCCUGAACCAGUCAUUGCCCACUGCUUCAAGCAGUUCAAGCAGAAGGCUUUCCACCAGCCUCAGAGCCGCCGGCGGAUCAUCACCUUGCCUCAAAAUGAGGAUCCAAUACCCAUCAAUCUCACGGGCCAAGCCCAGACUCCCCCACAGCCAAUAUCCAGCUUCAAAGUCCUGGGAGCCGGGGAUAUCCUGGGGCAGCCAGAUGAUGCAAAGACCUGGCUCAGCCAGAGACUGAAGCUUCGGCAGAACCUGGAGUCAUUCGGCGACACAGAGAAGUGGCUGCAGAACAAGCCUUGCCUCACCCCUUCAGAGGCCAAGGUCUUAAACAUGAUCCGAAAGGAGCAUGAAGCCCAUUUGCUGGCCUGUCUGACUCCUACCAGAGCCACCAAGAAGAGCCCCCGGCCUUCCCGCCGACCUGUGCCCCAGCUCCGACUGCCCAAGCCUUCUGCCUUGACCACCUUGUACUCGUACCUGCGCAGCCGCAAGAUGAAGAUCCUGGAGAUAUUUGGCAAGGUGGACUGGGGUGAGAACCAGAGGAUCUCUAGGGAGGAGUUCAUGGCAGCUUUGAAGGCGGUUGGAGUCCCUCUGAAAAACGAGGAGAUGGAGGAUGUUGUGAUAUAUCUCAGCUCUCUGGGAAAGUGCAACAACAUUACCAUGGAUAUCCUAGCCAACACCUACAAGCAGUGGUCUUUGGGUGAGCAGAGAAGCACCCUGUCGACUGCGAGGGAGUAUUAUAGAUCCACCAAGCACAGAGGUUCCCUCCAGAGUGCAUCCAAGAACCAGGUGGAUUUGGCCCCACAGCCUUGCAAGAUGGACCUGCUGACUGUGCCCCUGGUUGACACCCACAUGGAGGCACGGCCCAUGACUCUGGAGGAGAUGGAAGACGUUGGCAAGCGGUACCGUGAGAGGAAGCGGCAGCACAAGCUCAAGAUCCCCUCCAUCCAGUACCUGGAGCGGUGCCGCCUGGUGCGCAGUGGGAAUAAGCACUUUGAUGAGCACUGUCUCCCGUCCACCCUGCACGGGGAGAUGAGGGAGCUCGUCGACAUGUCCCGCAGGGACAACUUUCUGGUCUACCUGCAGUGCCACAAGCUCUGUGAGUACUACGGCCUCCCGCUGACGGAGGACAUCCUCAUGAAAGCCCUGCUGUACCCAGGAGACAAGAUCAUUUUCCAGAAGGACCAGGUGCGCCCGAUCCGGCAGCCGGGAGGCUACUACUCAGACUUGAAGAUCUUCAGUCCAAAUCUGGCCCUGCUCAAGCUCCAGGGCUUCAGCGAGGCUCUGGCUAAGAAGGCUGACAAGCUGAGUGUCAGACCCCCUGUGUUCCCUGCCAUUUGCCUUCUGUCCUACUGCUGCUCCUUCAGUGCUGGGGAUAGGAUGGUGGCCUACCUAAGGUGUCAUGGUGCACCAGUGCCUGUGUCCAAGCAUGCCCAGCAUGUCCAACCCCACUGGUCACCAGGUGUCAUCCCUGGCACAUGUCUGAGGGCCGCAGCCUCCCUGCCUCACCCCCAUACAGCUACUCUCCCAACCACAUCCUACAUGAUCUCAAGCUUUCUGGGAAAGAUUAAAAAGAGGGACUUCUUCAAGAAAUGGGGAGGCUCCUUCACAAAUCAUGGGCGGGCCAUCAGGGGCCCUACAGAGGACAGGUGUGGCAGUCCCUUCUUUGUCCUGCCUUCUCUGGCAAGAGGUAGGCUUGCAGCCCUUAGGAGGAGGAAAGAAUUCUGCACUGGGGCCUGUCUCUGAGCCUCAGACCAACCUGAGUCCUCUCUAAGGAAAUGUCCUUCUUUGGAAGGAGGGGACCCGUGGGCAGGUGAUAAACCAGCAUGUGUUGGAGACUGCAGACUGGAGAACGAGCAGCAUCCCCGAGGCGGGAUGGGGCUUAUGUGGGAUGGAGAAGGGCCUGCUCCCCACCAGGAACUGCCUACAUUCUGGAUCCCUGCCAGCGGCCCACUGGAUGGUAUGGCCAGAAUGGAUAGGAUGCAAGAGGAAAUUAGGCACCCUACAGGUUAAGUGGGCAAGGUGCUUCACUGUCUGAGCCACAGCUUUUCAUCUGUUACAUAAGCAUUCCAGCUCCUGGGUGGAUGACUUCCAUUUCUGCACCAUGAACCUAGGGAGUGGGUGGGAACAUGAGAAACAGACUCUUAUCCAUGCUUAAGUAGGCCACAGCCAUAAAGGAUAAAGAGAGGGCCCCAAGGGCAGGGACGGAUAUGUGUUUUGUCUUGCUACCUGAAAUGUGUUGUCAAGGUUUUGGAAGCCAGAUGCAGGCUUGCUGGGAGAGAGUGCUGUCUGUGGUCGAUUAGUGAUGUCUGCCAAGUCUAUGCUUGGGGAGUUAGUUUUCACCACACCUAUUCCAAAAGCUGGAUUCAGCCUCAGCAGCAUCUCUCAGCUACCUCGGGAGGUCUCUGUUCUGGGUAAUAAGAAACAUAAGGCUUUGCAAAGGGAAGUGGCCUGCCCAGAGUCACCCAUCCAGCCAGGAUGUGAGCCCAGGCCUGGCUGACCAAGCCCACUGUGGGUCCCACUGGAGCAUGGAGGGAGAGAGGCUGGGUCCCACCUCAGGAAGAAGAAACUCUGCUUUUGGAGCUCUGGUUUGGGCUUACUGACA